UGCUAGUGGUGGGCUUGUGUGACGGUGUGACUGGACAGGACACACUGCGGCUGUCGGAGGAGGCUCCAGUUGAGGAGUCCCCUGGAGUAGAGGAGCUGUGGGAUGACCUGACCCCUGAUCUGACCUCUGAGCUGACCUCUGAGCUGCCCCUGAGGAACCACACACAGCGCAUCAUCUCUCUGCUGCAGCAGCGUCUGGGACACCAGUGUCUCAGACCAGAGCAUGUGCUGUCAGCCCUGGGUGAUGAUGGGAAGGCUGCCAUGGCUCUGGAGGACUACCAGUUGAUAUCUACGCUGUUUUUGUGUUACAUCAUCAAUGUGCGCCACUUGUGCCUGGGACCGCCCACCUCAGAUCAGGCCCUCCCCCUCUGCCUCCGAGCGCUCACUAGGCUCCACCCACAGGAGGACCAGCACUUUCUCUCGUCCAAUGAGACGGAGAGCAUCCUGCUGACGCUCAACCAGCACUACCAAUCAGCUGCUCCCCCAAAGCAGAGCCACACCCAUUCACACACACAGUGUGUGGAUGCGGAGUCCUUAAUGAAGGAGGCAGGGGUCACUGAUCGACGAGGUGCAGACGUCUUCUCUCUGCCGCGAUUGGCUGCUGCGCUCAUCAGUCAUGUGCUGAGAGGCCACUGCCUAAGUCGUAGGAACCUCCCCUCCCCCGCCUUCUUCACUGAUACAGUAUUCCACCACCUCAACAGCUCCACCCACCUGCAGCUUACAGACUUGGAGCUGCUGUUGCACAAGCUGGGCAUUGGAGGCCACGCCCCCAAGUUCCCAAAGGGGUCAAAGGGUCAAGAACAACAGAGAGCUGUUGGAGACUGGACACAGGUGUGUUUCACAGCUGACCAGCUACUGAAUGUGCACCUGUUGGACGCCAAGCUCCCACUGUCCAGGCAAACCUUCACUCAGUUAUGCCCCGCCCUCAUCCAGCAGCUGCUGACCAAUCCCUGUCAGACUCCACUCACUGACCACACCCCUCUAGAGGACAACUCUGCCCCCGGCAGUCUGCAAAAGUACGGCUACAGUAUAGCGGCGGUGCUGCUGCUGACGCUGGGCUCCAUGUUGGGGGUGUGUGUGUUGGUGUGUAACUCCUGCGGCGAGACGCACACACUGGUGCUGCAGCUGUUUGUGGGCCUGGCCGUGAGCACACUCUCUGGAGACGCCAUCCUGCACCUGCUCCCUCAGAUCCUGAGUGUCCAUGAGCACGGUCACCAUGGCGAUGGUCAGGAAUACGUGUGGAAGGGUGCAGGAGUCAUCGCUGGAAUCUACGCAUUCUUCCUCCUCCAGAGACUACUGGCCCUCAUGCCCCGUGGGCAACAUGCUCACUCCCAUGCUUCCCUUGAGCUGAAGAGGAAUGGAGAGAGUCAGAGGGGAAAAUCCAUCUCCACAGUGCAACUGGGGUCUACAGAGGAGGCUGAAUGCCCAGAAGCUCCACCAGAGGAAAGGCACACACCAAGUGUCCCACACAGGCAGGGAGUCUCGUUGCUAGCGGUGAUGGUGAUCGUUGGGGACAGCCUGCACAACCUUGCUGAUGGCCUAGUGAUCGGAGCAGCUUUCUCCUCAUCCACGGAAGUCGGCAUGACAACCACACUGGCCAUUCUGUGCCAUGAGAUCCCUCAUGAAAUGGGUGAUUUUGCAGUGUUGCUGGCGUCUGGUUUGUCAGUAAAGUGGGCGGUGCUUAUGAAUCUUGUCUCCGCCCUCACUGCUUUUAUCGGCCUCUCUAUUGGCCUCUUUGUUUCCACGGAGACGGAGGUGCAGCAGUGGAUCUUCAGUGUGACAGCAGGAAUCUUCCUUUACCUGGCCCUGGUGGAGAUGCUGCCGGAGAUGUCACGGACGCGCUCCUCCCGUCCCUACCUGCUGUUUGUGCUGCAGAACGUGGGACUGCUGUUGGGGUGGACCUGCCUACUGCUGCUGGCCCUAUUUGAGGACUACCUCAGCUUCUGACCUACACACACACACACACACACACACACACACACACACACACACACACACACACACUGCUGUUGGGGUGGACCUGCCUACUGCUGCUGGCCCUAUUUGAGGACUACCUCAGCUUCUGACCUACACACACACACACACACACACACACACACACACACACACACACACACACACACAUGCUGGCUCUGUUUGAGGAGUACCUCAGCUUCUGACACACACACACAUGCACACGCACGCAGACACAGCUUAAGCCUACAGUACCUUACACUGACGAGAUUUGGGAAAGAUUCUUGAAAGAUUGUAGUCUUUUGAGUAAAGCUUGAAUGAGGGGCAUUAGUUAAAAGACUACAAUCUUUUGGUCGGCUUUAGAUGUACAUAAACUCAGCAUGCACAUGACUCCGUCCUUCACACACACUGUUCAAACAGACACUGAGUGUUCACAUCUGUGCUCUCUUUGGUGGAUCAGACAGUGCUGAUGGAUCAGAUACCUGGCCAAUGCGUCGUCAUCAUCACCUGUGUUGGAUCAGAGACCUGGCCAAUGCGUCGUCAUUAUCAACACUGGCCAAUGCGUCGUCAUCAUCACCUGUGUUGGAUCAGAUACCUGGCCAAUGCGUCGUCAUCAUCACCUGUGUUGGAUCAGAUACCUGGCCAAUGCGUCGUCAUCAUCACCUGUGUUGGAUCAGAUACCUGGCCAAUGCGUCGUCAUUAUCAACACUGGCCAAUGCGUCGUCAUUAUCACCUGUGUUGGAUCAGAGACCUGGCCAAUGCGUCGUCAUCAUCACCUGUGUUGGAUCAGAGACCUGGCCAAUGCGUCGUCAUCAUCACCUGUGUUGGAUCAGAUGCCUUGUCAUGUGUGUCUAUGGAAAUAGGAAGCACUUCCAGGAUAUGACCAUAUAUGGACACAACUAAAUGUUUGGACUAUCUUGG